GUUACAUCAAGGAGCAACCGACCCUUAAGCAUUCCUCAACUUGACGGCAGCUCCAGACAACAUGAUGAGUCCGAUGACGCCGACAAACAACGACGACCUCGACAGUAAGAGAGGAGUUGGCGGUACGGCAUACGAACGACGCGCGUGGACUCGGAAAGAGGACGACGCGAUCAUUCGACUCGUGGAGGAGUACGGGACAAAGAGAUGGUCCGUGAUCUCAGAUCAUUUGAACAAUGAAAACUAUGGCAACGAGCGCACCGGCAAGCAAUGCCGCACUCGGUGGCUGAACCAUCUGGAUCCGUCCAUCAAAAAGGAUCCGUGGACUACAGAGGAAGAAAGCAUCAUCGAAGAUGCGCAGAAUAGAUUGGGAAACAAGUGGGCAGAGAUCUCCAAGCUGUUACCUGGCAGAACCGACAACGCGAUCAAAAAUCACUGGUACUCGUCCAUGCGCCGCACCAUGCGACGCAUCGCCAAACAAGUUAACAAGACGACACCAACCAGCAUGAAUGGAAGCUGCGGCAAUGGACCGUCGACACGCCCUUCCUCGCGGCAGUCGUCGUCAUCAUCGCCCAUGUUGGAUGACAUGGGAUCGAACCACGAGGACAUGUCGCAACAUCACGCGCCGUCUGCUCCUGUCGCUUCGUCCCUCGCCGCCCGUGCAUCAUCGUUGUCCCAUGGCGUAUCUCCAAAACUAGCAUCUGCCUUCCGCGAGUGCUACAAUGUCCUUCUUCACAAUAAAGAGAACCCGAACAAUCUUCAUGGCUCUCCGUCUGCGCAAACCAACCCAAAUGCCGCCAUGACGGCAACCCCACCAAAAAAAAACCUGUCGAAGCGGAAGCGCAAGGAUCUAAGGGUAGUUACGGGCUCGUCUAUCGAGGGAGGCAUGUUCAUGCCUUCCACACCGCGACGCUUGCAUCACACACAACUCCUUCUCACGCUCCUCAGCAAUGCGUCUGAAGACCCAAUGACCAAGUGCGCAAACGCCAAGCGAAAGAAGCGCAGUACCCCACUGCACGCCAACUCGUCGUACUCGGCCUCUCAUGCCGCCACGGCGAAUGCGACGUCGUUCCCACUCUCCCGCAGCUCCGACACGUCCAUGGCUCUCGCGGAUCACUUCGCCUUCCAUGACAUCGAAAGUCCGUUCCAAGCAUUUGAAUCGCUCGAUUUCGAUUUGAACGAGCAUGUCGCGCCAGAUUCCCUGUUCCACGGAUCGGCCACCACGCCCACGCAUAGCGGCAUCACGCCAACAGCGGCGGCCACGGCUCCGUCCAUGCCAGCUCCCCCGCCAUUGUCUUUGUACAGCUUGCGCCGGUCCCCACACAUGGCGUCCCUCUUGAAAGCCAACGCCAAGUUCUCGUUUGACGACAUCGACCUAUCUUCCGAGAUGGAACAGUCGUCCCUCGACUUCUACAUGAACAUGGACUCGCUUCCUACGGUGCUGCGUCGAUCUCCCCGCCUCCGGACGGAUGUGUCCGUGGCGUUUCCGUCCCCGUCGUCUGCCGCGACCCCACCUUCGUCUUCAAUGUCCAUGAUGAAAAAGUCGGCGUUCCAUCCCCCCACGAUUGACGUGGCCCUCGGACUCCAACACGACACGUUUGGCUUCGACAACUCCAUGACACCGUCGUUGACAAGUCCCCAACUCAGUCAAUGGCUCGACGGAUCGCCCCGCGGAUUUGCCGCCGCCGUCUAAGCUCAGUGUGUUGCGUUCUGUUAUUUUAUUUUGUCCCUAGAUAAUACUAUUUGUCCACCUAUUAAUAAUACUGCGUUAUAAUAAUAAUGAUAACCAUCGGUACAGC